CCGGGGUUCGCGUCCCUGGCGGAGGCGGCUGCGUCUCUGCGCCUGCGCGGUGCCGAGGGGACGGGUCGGACUCAGGAAUGGCGGCGUCCAUGUUCUACGGCCGGCAGUUGGCCGCGGCCGCCCUGAGGAGCCACCGGCCGCAGACAACGCUGCGGGCCGCCGCUCAGGUUCUGGGAAAUUCUGGAUUAUUUAACAAGCAUGGCCUCCAAGCACAGCAGCAGCAGCAAAGGAACCUCUCCCUGCAUGAAUACUUGAGUAUGGAAUUACUGCAGGAAGCUGGCGUCUCUGUUCCCAAAGGAUUCGUGGCAAAGUCAUCAGAUGAAGCUUAUGCAAUUGCCAAAAAAUUAGGGUCAAAGGAUGUUGUAAUAAAGGCACAGGUUUUAGCUGGUGGCAGAGGAAAAGGAACAUUUUCAAGUGGCCUCAAAGGAGGCGUGAAGAUAGUGUUCUCUCCAGAAGAAGCAAAAGCUGUUUCCUCACAGAUGAUUGGGAAAAAAUUGAUUACCAAGCAAACAGGAGCAAAGGGCAGAAUAUGCAAUCAAGUGUUGAUCUGUGAGCGAAAAUAUCCCAGGAGAGAAUACUACUUUGCAAUAACAAUGGAGAGGUCAUUUCAAGGUCCUGUAUUGAUAGGAAGUGCACAAGGUGGUGUUAAUAUUGAAGAUGUUGCUGCUGAGAAUCCUGAAGCCAUCGUAAAAGAACCUGUUGAUAUAGUAGAAGGCAUCAGGAAGGAACAAGCCGUGACACUUGCACAGAAGAUGGGAUUUCCGCCUAACAUUGUGGAUUCUGCAGCAGAAAACAUGAUCAAGCUUUAUAACCUUUUCCUGAAGUACGACGCGACUAUGGUAGAAAUAAACCCAAUGGUAGAAGAUUCUGACGGGCAGGUGCUGUGCAUGGACGCAAAGAUCAAUUUCGAUUCAAAUUCAGCCUAUCGCCAGAAGAAGAUCUUUGAUCUCCAGGACUGGAGCCAGGAAGAUGAGAGGGACAGAGAUGCAGCUAACGCAGAUCUUAACUACAUUGGCCUCGAUGGAAACAUAGGCUGUCUAGUAAAUGGUGCUGGCUUGGCUAUGGCCACAAUGGAUAUAAUAAAACUACAUGGAGGGACUCCAGCCAACUUUCUUGAUGUUGGUGGAGGUGCCACAGUCCAGCAAGUAACAGAAGCAUUUAAGCUUAUAACGUCAGAUAAGAAGGUGCAGGCUAUUCUGGUUAACAUUUUUGGAGGAAUCAUGAGAUGUGAUAUUAUUGCACAAGGAAUAGUCAUGGCAGUAAAAGACUUAGAAAUUAAAAUACCUGUUGUGGUACGGUUACAAGGUACGCGAGUUGAUGAUGCUAAGGCACUAAUCGCAGACAGUGGACUUAAGAUUCUUGCUUGUGAUGAUUUGGAUGAAGCUGCUAAAAUGGUUGUAAAGCUCUCUGAAAUAGUGACCUUAGCCAAGGAAGCCCACGUGGAUGUCAAGUUUCAGCUGCCAAUCUGAGCAAGAACUUGGUGGAUGGCCGACAGUGUCAGUGUGCUGUAACUCUUUAUUAUACUGUGGUCUCUGCUGUUGUCCCUUUUCUUUUCAGUGUGUGGAGAGUGUAAUCACCACAUAGGCACACAGGCCUUUGACAGCAUUUGCUCUGCGUUUGAUCCUGCUGCUCAGAACGGACUGUGUAUAAAGAAUGUAGGACACAAACUGCCGGUUUCAUUUCUUGCAGCCAUCUUCUUUGCUUCCUCUACAGAACGUCACUUGCAGUAUGCCUGUUUUCUGUUGUUCAAUACAAAGUUCUUCAUUGAUAAGAGUCUUAUAAAUAAAAUUGCUACAAAGGUAAACUUUAUUCUUUAGUAUGAAAAUAUAUCUAAUAACAGCCUCAUUAGGACAGUGCUAUAUUAAGACGUUUUAUAUAAAAAUAUUUAUCUUCAGCAUCAAAUGGAUCUUAAAUGUAUCAAUCCUUAUUUAUACUCAGAACUUUCAAGCACUCCUCAGAAUAUCUUAAGUAUUUCAGAGAAGUAAUGUGCCGAUUAUUGGACAUCAUUUUAAUCAUUACAAGACAGUGGUAACUACAAGUCUUCAUGAUUCUGUGGUAGUGAAAACACCUGCAGGCUGAUGUCAAGACAUUUAUUAAGAACUUGGGGAAAAUUAGAAUGCCAAUUUAAGUUAAUAAAAAUUUCCCAAUAUAA